AUGGCUACGAUUUUCAGAUCCAGGCCCUUUGGGCUGGGCGCGUACUUCUCUCCCGCUUCGUUCACGUUACAUGCGUCACGGCAAUGUCGCGCUCGCGCUGGACGCUCAUAUUCGACUUCCGAUCGCCUCCCGAAGAUCGCGGACACUUCAGUAUGGACGGCGAUGAUUCCGCGGUUUAUUCGCAAUGGGAGGACGCGCAAAGAUCCCACAAAAGCGAAAUCUAAAGAGUGGAACCCGGCUACGUUUUAUAUCAUCAUUUUUACGCUGAUCGGCUCGCAAGCCAUUCGCAUGAUCACUUUGAAGAACGGCUAUGCGGCGUAUACGCGGACGACGGAUGCUAAGAUUGAGCUCUUGCGGGAGGUGAUUGCUCGAGUCAAGAAUGGAGAGAAGGUCGAUGUGGAAAAGCUGCUGGGGACUGGCGAUGAGGCGAAGGAAAGAGAAUGGGAUGAAGUACUACGCGAGAUCGAAGCCGAAGACUCUCUGUGGCAUCAGAAGAAGAGUGCUGAGGCACAAGCUGAGAAAGUGCAGGAGUCCGUGAAAGAGCAGAAGCAAACUACAAAGCCUGUCGAAGAAAAGAGGGACGAGGAGGUUGUUAAGACAGAGUCUACAGGCAGGCUGAGAUUCUAUUGA